AUGGAAUCAAACGAUUGCAUCACGAAAGAUUGUUCCACUAUAUAUCGUUUUCAAUUUGCAAGUAUAGCUUUUUUAUGUAGUGUUUAUCUUCCAUUUACCUUUCAUUCAAAUAUAUGGCUACUUUAUACACAACCAUUUACUCCAGUUAAUUGUUCAAUGAUCAACCCAUCUUUUAUAUCUGGGUCAACGUCAAAUAUGCAAACAAAAACUUUACUAUCAGUUCUAAUUAAAGAUUAUAAUCAACCAGAAUGUUGUCCAUGUAAUGGAAUUUUUGAUGGAAGUAUCACUGAUAAAAAUUUAUUAACUCUUUGUCAAGAAUGGAUGACAAAUAUAAGCGAAUUAAAAACUCGAAAAGCAACAAUCAUUGAUGAAUGGCAUUUGGCAUGUGGACAAGAAAAUCGUAAAAAUCUUAUGACAGGUUCAAUUUCAUUUUUAAUCGCUGAAAUAAUUGGAGUUAUAACAGUUGGCAUCUUAGCUGAUCAUUAUGGAAGAAAAUUAAUGCUUCUUAUGUGCCUUUAUAUUCCGGUGCUUUUCGGAUCAUUAGCUGCAUUUACUACUACUUAUUCUCUAUUCAUUAUUCUUCGUUGGCCUGUAGGAUUUUUAAAUAAGGGUCUACUUUUACUUGUUUAUAUAAUGGUUAUUGAAUCUUGUGAAUACAAACAUCGAGCACAAAUUGGUUGUCUUCUUCUUGCUUCUAUACCUAUUUUUGGUAUUAUUAUUGGUGUUACUUAUUUUUUUCUAUUAGAUUGGCGUCAUAUGCAAUUACUAGGUACAUUGAUUACUACUUUAACUCUUUGUUAUCCAUGGUUGAUACCAGAAUCUCGUCGAUGGUAUGUGAAUAGUCAUCGUGUAUCACGUGUUAAUAAACUUUUACAAUUAUGUUCAAAUAAACAAACAUCAACAUUAGGUUUUAAUAAAGUUGGUUCAUUAGCACCAUCAACUAUUAUUUAUGAUAAACCAGUUUUAUCACAAGAUGCACUUUCUGCUCAAACAUGUUCACUAGCUGGUUUAUUCAUUAAUCGACAACUUCGUACAAUUACUUUUUGUUUAUCAAUACUUUGGUUUCUGUCAUCAUUUUGCUAUCGUUGUACAUCUUUUCCAUCGAUAUUUCCACAUCCAACUAUGAAUUAUGUUUUAAUGAAUGCAACAGAAUUUUUUUCAUUUAUUAUUGCAUUUCUUGUCGCCUAUAAAAUUGGUCGACGAGCUCCAGUAGCUGUACUUAUUUUAAUUAGUGGUCUAUCAUCAGUUUCAUUUGCAAUUACAUUACUUGGAACAGGACAUAUAUGGCUUGAAAUAACAUUUUCACUUGUUGCUCGUGGUUGUCUACGAAUUUGUUAUUGUCUUUUGAUUCUAUUUACAACUGAACUUUAUCCAACAUCAGUUCGAGCAACUGGUUUGGCUAUUGGACUAUCAAGUGAAGUUAUAGCACGAAUUUUAGUUGAACUUCUUCUCUAUUAUGCAAUUGAUCGAAUAUUACUUUUGUUUAUAUCUGGUGGUAUGCUAUGUCUUAGUUGUUGUUUAAUAUGUCCAUUACCUGAAACAAUACUUUAUGAUUUACCUGAUUCAUUAACGGAUCUUCAAUCAAUGAAACGUUCAAUAGGAAAUGAUAAUAAUGGUGAAAUAUCACCACAUAAUCCUCAAUGUCAUAUGAUUGAUUCAAAUACACUUGCAUUUCCUCGUUUAUCUCAAUCAAAUACAGAACAAUCUAAUCUUAAUGAUUUAUUCUCAUUAAGUCCAAAAACAAUUUUAAAAACACAACAACAAGAAGGAAAUGGUGUAGAAAAAACUGUUACUAUUCAUUCUCAACCUGAAGUAAUACAAAUGAAUUCAUAUAGAUCAUCAUUAAAUGGUUUAUCAAAUCCAUGUUAUUUUACUUCAUUAAAUGAUAGAAUUGAUCAAUAUGAAUUUGAACAACAAAUUGAUAAUCGAUUAAUGUUUAGUAUUCAAGGUACACAAAAUAAUAAUAAUAAUAAUAAUACUGAAGAAGAAAUUGAAAAUACCAGAUUUUAA